UGUAGACGACCCUUUACAUAUAUGCUAGUAGGUUAUAUCAGGUUAGGUUAUGUGAUGUUGUCACAUCACAAGUGAAGGAGUGUUUAGGCUUGAUCAAAAUUUGGGAAAUAAGAUAAUAAGACACUGAAAAUAUGUAUACGAUCGAUGAGAGGACUUAAAUAGAAACGCUUGUUAUGAAGUUUUGCUAACAAAAGUGUUGGAUUUUGUGGCGUACAUGCAAUACAAAGAGCAAAAAUUGAGCAAAUAACGUUGUCAAGUAACGUUGUAAUACUUGGCAUGGAUUAUGCAACGGUCAUCGACGACGCAAUCAAGCAGUUUUACUCGGCAGGAAACAAUGAAGCUCAUUCAUGGCUUCUGCAGGUGCAAACCUCUCCCGAAGCGUGGCACUUUGUGUGGCAACUUUUGGAGCCUUCCAAGGGAUUUGAAGUACAGUUUUUUGCUGCAACAACUUUGCAUACAAAAAUAUCCAAGCACUGGAAUGAAGUGCCUGAAAAUGAGUAUCCAGUAUUGAAGGAACGUUUGCUCAAUAGUGUGAAAAGGCCCAAUACUCCCAUCUUUAUUCUUACAAAGCUUUGUCAAGCGUUAGCUGCAUUUGUAGUCAAUAUUUAUAAUACAGAAAAUAAAGAAAAGAAUAGGAGUAUAGUUGAUAAAUUGCUUGACAUUUUACCUUAUAAUUCUCCAUCUGCAUUGGAAUUAUUGCUUCGAGUACUUUCUACACUACCUGAUGAGGUAAAACAAAAAAGUCUUGUUUUUUUAUCAUUUUUGCUUUUUGAUAAUAAUCAUGUUAUUAUUUUUUAUCAGUAUAAAAAAACACAAGCAAAAUGUGCCAAAUUACGAGAGGCUGUUGUUCACAACGUCUUAAACAACAGCUGGUGCCAAACUGCAUGGUUUCUGCAACAAGUUUUCUCUAUGUGUAAUCCAAAUUCUCAGGGCAAUGACAGUAUAUUAUACUCCUUGGGACUAGAAUGUGCACAAUUGUGGCUUCAGAGUGGUCAGCUGCCUCUAGAGGCAAGUGGCCAAAUCUAUCCCUAUUUAUUAGUGGCUGCAGCUCAUUAUGCACCUAAUAGAGAAGGUGGCGACGAUGAAAAUAACAGAAGCUGGGAAAUAAUACAAGAUUGUUUGAUGAUGAUUGUAACGCACAAUGAACUCAAUAAACGGCCUCAGACUUUAUGGGAAUGGGCUAGAAAUUUAGUAGCGAUGGCACAGCAACAUAGAGAAAAAUAUUUCUGCGAGAUUCUGACCGCCAUUGGGGAGGCUCAUAGUCGAGCGUUUCUGAUCGCUCUGGCUGAAAAUUCCAAUGAUAUGCACACGUGGACGGCGAUGGGCUUAAUCGAACUGCUGUUGGAGUGCUCGGAACAAGAAGGUCGUUAUCCCGUGAACGAGACGCGCAGUUGCAUACCGUUUGGAUUUUGGUACGCGUUACAGGACGAUCUCGCCACGCUGGAUCAGCCGUUAGAUAGCCGGGCUUUGGAAGCAUUAAAACCGAUUUAUUUCCGAUUAUCUCAGGCAUUGUUGCGAAAAUCAACGCUACCCGCGUCUCCGAGUGAACAGGGAAACGCGGACGACCGCGAGCACUUUAGAUGCUAUAGGCAGGAUGCGGCGGACACAUUGGACUAUUGUUACAGAGUCCUCGGCAGUGACUUGUUGGAGCUUCUUGGACAAAGAUUGAGUCUUAAAGAUUUACCUUGGACUCACGUGGAAUCCACAUUGCACGCUUUUAAAGCUCUAGCCGAGAGCGUUGGUACUCGAGAGUAUUGUUAUACUCCUGCCUUGAUAAAUCUGAUUCUCCUUCACAUACCUUAUCACGCUUAUCCGGAAGAGGUAUUAACAUGCGCCUGUUCAACGCUGGGCGCGUACGCCGAGUGGAUAGGAGAACAUCCAGAACCUUGGCUAGAGAAAGUGCUGGAACUUGUUACCCAGGGAUUGACCAGAGGCUCGAUGACAGCGCCGUUUGCGAGUAUGGCGCUGAAGGAUUUGGCCAGAGAAUGCGGACCGCAUCUUGCUCCUUAUGCACCGUCCGUUCUCCAUACCAUCAGUCAGAUUCUGCCAAAUGUCGAGCCUGGCGGCGGGGAAGGUCUGCGACUUAUAUAUGCCGCGGGCAAACUUCUUAACGUUUUGCCUACUCUAGAAGAACAACUGAUGCAUCUGGAAGCGACGCUGGGUCUAUGCGUGACGAAAAUAAAAGAGCUACUGGGACAACCGUUGUUCACAGCACGAGUCGGUGUUACAAAUUACUUGAAGAUGGUCACCACAUUUUUUACUACUAUCGAAGGCGCAAUCGGCAAGGCUGUGCUAGAUGGCGUGUUACCGAUAUUCAAUCAAAUUGUUGUACAUCCCGAGUGGAGUCAAGACAAUGCUACAUUAGAGGCAAUGCAUACGUGUGCGCAACGUUCGUUAUCGGCUUUACGGCAGCCAGAAACAGAAGCACGACCUUUGUUACCGAUUUUAUUAACUUCCUAUAAGAUCUGGCCGCAUCCAACUGCGUUGCAUUUAUUGAAACAGCUCGUAUUGCUGUUUGGUAAAGAUCCAGACAAUAUUGUUGGACCAGUCCUCGCAGAAAUGAGUUCAAUUACGUUAAAUGGUGUGAAGGCGUGUAGGUCAGUGAACGGUGACCUGUCCGAGUGGUCAGACCUGAUGGAAGCAUAUUUAAGUGUGCUCGCGCAAAUUUGCAAAAAAAACGCUAGUAUGUUGUUGCAAAUUCCAGACCAAAUACCAGAUAUGUUGCAAUGCGGAGUUGCUUGUCUGACGCUCCCGGAAAUAGCUACGGCCAAAGCAGCUGGCCAUUUUCUCAGUCAUGCGAUCAUACAAAGUCCACACCUGCAAACAUUUGUACAACCAAUCGGGCAAGAACUUGUUUCCGCAAUUUUGCAUUGCGUCGGUGGAGGUGUAUCGUGUAACAGUUUGGAGCCUCAUGCCGAAGUUUUGUUAGCAUUAAAUAAAAUGUGUCCAGAAUGGACCGCGCAGUGGAUACGUGCAGGAUUAGAGAAUCAAAAAAUUCUUGCAGCCGUUAUGUUGGAGAAGGAUAACACUAUACGUGUUUUACGUGAGAGGAAGAGCAGGAUAAUACUUUGCGAAAUAUUAAAACAAUUUAGUAUUGAGUGUCGUCAAAAAACGGGACUGUGAUGAUAAAAUUUUCGGAAUGAUAAAAUCGACGAGUAUCAUGACGAAUAUAAAGUAAUCGAAGUUAAGGCUUCUAGAUACUUGCUGCAGCCAUCUUAGAUGAUAAUAUAAUAUAAACCCACUUUAAUCAAUAAAGCGUAACUUAUAGAAUUUACCAAAUACUUUUUUCUGAAAAGGCGAUUUCUUCAUCAAACAUAUAAUAUAUCAUGCAUAUAAAUUACAUUCAGUAAAUUUUUGAGUCAUUUCACUAUGCCAAUCGCCUCUAUAAUGAAUAUAGUGAUACUGAACAACUGCAAAAUCAUCUUUUGCUACUAAAAAAGAUACACUUCAAUUAACAUUGACAAAUCUCAAACUGAAUGCCAGGAAGCAUAUCUGACAUCAAAACUUUUAUUACAUUUUGAUGACAUUGCUUUUGUCUUCUUUCCUAUAUAUUACAUUUAUCAAUGCAAGUAAAUAAAGAAAGAAGUUUUCUCGAAGAUGCUUUAUUGAUUAAAAGAUUUGUACAAAAAAUGUUUUUUAUUUUGUAACGUGAAUUGUACAAUAGGAAGUUUAGAUGUGUAUAUUUCCUCGUUUUCAACAUCUCAAAACUAACUGCAGCAAAUAUCUAUGAAAACUUAGAUAGUAUUAUAAUACGCAGAAGUUGACACGUAUAACUUUUUUUUUUUAAUAAAACCGCUGCAUAUCGUAUGUAAUUAUGUUUCGUACAGACAUUUUGCAUUUGCUUGAAAGUAAGGUACGGCUUUACUAAUCGCACGAUAGAAAUAUUCUGUAUGAUUUGCGAACUGUGAAUAAUUUACUGACUGCGCAGGUUAGAAAAGGACCGACCUUUAGAGGUACUGAUAUGACAAUGAUUAUUACAUUUUUGUUUCGGUAAUUAGCUAGAUAUUAACGGAUAAAGAUGUAUAGAAAGAAAAGCUGAUCCUGUGUUCCGCAGUUUGCAAAUCGUUUGAGUGUACAUACUCUAAUGUGUCAAAUAUAUUCUGUCAUAUGGUACAAGAUGAAAAUCACAAAGAACAAAAAACCAAUUUGUAAUGAAAAUAAGUGAGAAAAUGUAUAAAAUACAAAAUCAAGAAAACUACACACUACAUAUCUAAUUUUGUUUUUGUUUCGGAAAAAACGUGUGUAAAAAAAUCACCUUCUAUGAUAGAUCUAUAAAAGUUACUUCGAAAUCUUUAUUUUUGUGCAAGAAUUUAUAAAAGUAAAUAUAAUAAACAUUUUAAUUUAGAAUUGAUUCCUUG